AUGUCUUUCAUGGCGCCUCCUGGUUAUCAGCCCGUCUACAGUCCUGCAAUUCCAUACUUGGGGCCCAUCUACGGGGGUCUGAGGGAAGGGGCGUCCAUCUAUCUGCAGGGCUCAGUCCCAGACAAGAUCACCAGAUUCUUCGUCAACCUGUUAUGCGGGCAGUCCGAGUCCAGCGACAUCGCGGUCCACUUCAACCCGCGUUUCGACGGAUGGGACAAGGUGGUCUUCAACAGCCGCCGCGACAACGCGUGGGACAACGAAGAGAAAAUUCGCAGUAUGCCCUUCAGUAAAGGCGACGCCUUCGAGAUUGUCAUCACGUGCUCGCCGCAUGACUACCAGUUUAAAGUCAACGGGAAAGACUUUUACACCUUCAAGCAUCGCCUGCCUUUGGCCAAAGUGUGCGCCAUACAAAUCGGGGGUGACGUUGCCAUACAGAGCAUUAACGUCAUCGGGGGAGGAUACCCUGGAGGUGGUAUGGGGGGUGGAUAUCCGGGCGAUUGUGGAGGGGGCGGAUAUCCGGGCGAUUGUGGAGGGGGGGGAUUUCCUGGAUCAAACUUGCCGAGUAUGGCUGGGCAGCCCAUCUACAACCCCCCGAUCCCGUACUCGGGCGCAAUCCCGGGAGGAAUGUUCCCCAAGAGGACCGUCAUCAUCCGAGGCAUGGUGCCCUACAAGGCUGGCAGAUUCGGCAUCAACUUCCUGGUGAGCCGAUCACGUGACAUCGCGUUCCACGUGAACCCGCGCAUCAAGGACGGCGUGGUGGUGCGCAACACAAUGAUGGGAGGCCACUGGGGUCAAGAGGAACGCCAGCUAGGGGGCGACAACCCCUUCAAGGAAGGACAGUACUUUGACAUGUCCGUCCGUUGCGGCAGCGACCGCUUCAAGGUGUUCGUCAACGGUCACCCUCUCUUUGAUUACUCGCACCGCAUGCGAAACGUCAACGAGAUCGACGGGCUGGAGGUGGCGGGGGACGUGCAGAUCUCCUACAUCCACUUCUGA